GGAUGUGCCUUCCAAUGGCAGUUAGCCUAGCAAGUGUAGUCCCACGAAGGAGUGAAAUGCGUGUAACAUCACGUGCUCAUGGUCAUAAUUAAAUUAUUGUUUUUCCACGUGACGAGCACCACCAGGUACGACCCAGUACAACGCGAUACCACCGGGUCGGCCUCGUCAGGCCUAUAUAGCUGGAGUCAGCAAUGUGCUUACAUUCCAUUUUUCAAACGGCACCCAGCAUGAUGGACCAUACAUUCCGUAAGGUUGACCAUACACUUUGUCUUUGAGGGAAAUUUUGUAUUGCUUAAGCAAAUCCACCGACUAAAUUCCCAGGAUGAUCUUAGGCGGAACUCAACGUCAUCUGUUGCUGCUCAUGGUGAUGAGCUUUCUUACUUACAAGGGUGUAGUCUGCGGGAUGUCUGAGAAAGACUCUUUUUGCGAGCCCAUCACCCAACCCAUCUGCACAGGCUCCCGUGUCAUUCACCGCCAUACAGCCACACCAAUCACUGUACCCACUCUGGCCAGCAAUGAUGGCUCUAGCAUUGCCUAUCACACCCAGAAGGAGGCCGCGGCUGAGAUCCGCAGGUACCGCCCCUUGCUGGACAGGGCCAGGAGUUGUAGGGAGUUCCUGCGCCCCUUCCUGUGUGCUGCCUACCUGCCAGCCUGCAGUCCGGCGUCCACUGAACCCAUCCCGCCCUGCCGUGACCUGUGUGAGAGGGCAUGGGGGAGGUGUCGUCGGGCCAUGAGGCAUCUUGGGCUGACCUGGCCUGGGAUGCUGGAUUGUGGGAAAUUUCCAUCAUGGGAAGAGAACCCAAGCUGCUUGUCAGCCCUUAACAUUGGUCCGCUCGACGUCAUGUCUCACCAACCAACCAUGGUCAGCGUGCAGUGUUCCUAUGACCUCUCACCUUCAGCGCUACCCCAGUGGCUGAUGCCAGACGGCACACCGGUAUCAGAGGAUCCGAAGCAAUCAGUCUAUUUUGAGAGCAUCAACAAAAGGGUCGCAAAUCUUUUCAUUCGAGGUUUUGUUGACUCACAGCAUCGUGGAAACUACACCUGUAUUUCUGAGGACAGAGAAUUUAGCCGAAGGAUUUCCUUGGACAACAUUUUUGAACCUGUCCCAGCAAACUUCUCGUGUGAAGCAAUCACAGUUCCUUACUGCGUCAACCAAGUCACGUACACGCACGCCUCUUUGUCAAACUCCACUGGCUUCGUCUCGCAAUCGCAAUUAGACAUUUUCAUUGAGGAUGUCUUGAAACCUGGGAACUGCUCUCCUCACCUUCCAAGUUUUCUCUGCAGUUACCUACUCCCAAAGUGUGAUGCAGACGGAGUUCACCAUGACAUCCAACCCUGCAAGGAGCUCUGCUUGAAAGUCUUCUCUGACUGUGAAGAAUUUUCGGUUCUUAUAGGGAUGGGGGGACUCCCAGCACCAUGUGAAAGACUCGUCCAAAGUGGGCAGGGCCGUGAAUGCUACAACGGUGUGGAGGUCGGGCCAGUCGAAGUCCUUACCAUUCCCGUGGUAGGAAAGCAGGUCAAGGUGGAAUGCCAGUACUCAGCAAGCAGUCCAGCCCAGUGGCUGGGGCCUGGAGAUCUGCCCCUAGCCAUUGGUGGGCGCUUUGAAGUCGAAGAUGUAGACUCCCACACCAGCCGCCUCAUCAUUAAUAGCCUCCGAGUGGAAGACUUUGGCAUCUAUACCUGUACUGAUGGCUCAUUCUCACAGACUGUCAACAUCACGAACAUAAGCUUGUCACAAGAGGCAGUUCCACCUUCCUGUGUUGAGGUCCAAGAUGCAACCUGUCUCCCCCAGCUUGGCUACAGCAUGACUUGGAGACAUGACUUGUACAACCCAAGCACAUCCCCAAGGGCAAGCUCCAUCCCAGAGAUGCUGGAAGCUAAGCACUGCUCCCCCUAUCUGCAGAUGGUAGCCUGUGCCCACCGCUACCCAGAGUGCAUAGAGGGAGCAAGCCUGGAGCCGCCUGCACCAUGCCGUGAGCUCUGUAAGAAGGUUCAAGCCGACUGCAGGGAAGCGUUGCAUGAGCUGGGUGCGGACCUGGGCUGUGAGGACCUGCCGUCGCAAAGAGACAACAACUGCUUCAGCGGUGUGAAGAUCGACCCUGUUGGGUAUCAGCGAGUUGGCGCGGUCAUAAAUGUUGAAGUCAACUGUACCUCGCUGCUUCCAAAGAGGAGGAGCCCCAGGUGGAAACUACCCAACGGCAAAGUUAUACCAACAGGACGAUUGUCAUCGUCAUUUGUCACGGAGACACAGCGUCUUGGCCCCAAGACCACCAAGUUGGGCAUUAAUACCUUUCAAGAGGAGGAAGAUGCUGGUGACUACACAUGCGUAGUGGACGGUCUGCAGAAAUCUGUGACGCUCAGCAAGGAUCUGAUACCCAAAGUUCCAGGUACAUGCCAGCCAAUCACCGAAGGCUUCUGUAGUGAAGGGGUCGGUUAUACACAUGCCUAUUUCCCCAACCAACUUGGCCUGGAAUCGGUAGCUGAGACGGUGCACCUGCUACAGCAGAUGAGCUCCCUCGACCUCAACAGCCUGUUCUGCAGUCCCUACGCCAGACCACUGAUCUGCACCGUGUACUUUCCCCCCUGCGACCCGGAUGCGGAGGUCCCGGCCCCCCUGUACAAUGCAUCCUGCCGGGAGCUAUGCCAGAGAAACACCGGUGCAUGCAUGCAGUCCACAUCAGGGAGGCGGAUGUUCAGAUAUCCAGACUGUGGAAUUUUCAGCCCAGCCACAGGAGAGGUCCCUUGUUAUGAUGUGGAUGAGAUAACUAUCACCACUCAAGAAACACCUGACAAUUCCUCACUGUACAUCGUGGACUGCAGCUACAUCCUCCUUCCUGAAUACCAACCAGUCUGGUAUCUACCAAAUGGGGAGCCAGUCCAAACUACAGACCCAACCUCUCGUCGGCGAGUCCUCAAUCUGUCACCCACAGUCAGCCGUCUGUACAUCAGUGACUUCACCAAUCACCAGGAUGCAGGAACGUACACCUGUUCUAGUCGGUACUCAAACCAGACCAUCGUGUUGGGUGAUGUUGACGCGGUCACCAAACCAGAGCUGACCAUUGUGGUGCUUUUGGACGAUUACAGCAAGAUAGUGGACUGCACCUACAACCUUACCCCCGGUCAUCAGCCCAUGUGGUUGGAUCUGUAUGGCAGGGAGGUUCCUUUUGAUUCAAGGCACAACAUCCAUGCCAUCAGCAUGUCAGAGACUGUCACCCGAUUGUUCAUUGCUUAUGCAUCUACUGUCCGAGGCACCUACACCUGUGUUGGGUUGCGCGAAUCUUUGACGGUGUACUUGUUCUAGAGGGGGCUAUUGUUGAAACCAAUUCCCUCACUCCAAGCAAAUCUUUGAAUGUAAGGCAGUAAACAGACUCUGAGUCUUGUGUUCACACCCAGUUGUGAUUUAACACAUGCAUCAUGUAAAAAUGGCCAAGUAUUUUACAGAGCCUUCCUAAGUUGUUGGAACUUAAAAUGACGUCAUUUUCUUUAAACUCCAUGUUGCUGUCACUAGCCAGCGACAUUGAUUGUGGUAAUGAGAAAGUUAUAUUUAGACAGCUUUAUCUUAUUGGCAUGUACUCUUAAAUCAAUUUUUUAGGCCAUUUAUUCAGUCAGUCUCCUGUUAUUAAUUUGUAAAGAAGUGGAAAGAAUGUGUAGGCCUAGAGGUGUAGAUUGGAGGUGCAUGUACAUGGAAGCAAUCCUCUUUUGGAGCAAGUGUCGGCUCUGUGAGGAGUCAGUGUCAGCUUUUCAAACAGUGUGCACUCACUACAUGCUGUUCAUCUUGCAAUGUGCAUCGUGAGUCUUCAGGAAAGUGAAGAUCCAUGUAUAUCCCAUCAACAAUGUUUUAACAUUCUGAGGGAGGGUUUACACACCAAGUGGCUUUCUCUACAAGAUUUCAGUUUGUGAAACAAAAGUAUGGCACAGGCUAAGCACUAGCCUAACUGAGGUAUGAAAUGUGCUUUUGAUCAACAGAAGUAACGAUUACCACGAGUUCUGUGAAUAGGCCCCUGGUGAUUUCACAUUGAAAUGUCACGGUAGGCCUGCAUAUGCUGAGGGGUCAAGAUCAUUAGGUCCUCUGGUCCACAAAAUGGCUAUUGUUGUGAAAGGUGUUAAAUUAUACAUGUAUACCUUGACUAAAAAAAGUGAUGCAUGUUUUCUUUGAUUUCUUGAUUAGCUAUGUUGACAUUAGAAAAACAGGUUUUACUUUUGAACCUAUACUAUUGUAUCAGUUUACCCAUAGCGAAGAGUAUAGCAGCAUAAAUCCCUUUUCCGGGAAUUGAAGAUUCAGAAAACAAUCUGCAAAGGUCGGUUUCACCCUGAAGUUAGAAUGAAAAGUUCCCUAUUAACUUUAUACACCAAGAAUUUAACAAACCGAAGGUUGAUUUGUUUUUAAGAAAUUCCCAAAGAAAAACUCACCUAGUUGAGAAAAAGAAGAAGAAAGUACUAAUAAAGAUUUUCUUCUGAAAUACAGGACUCAGAUUUGUAUUCCUACACUGAUUACCACAUUAAAACAUUUACAAUACGGUUGACAACAUUUUUGUGGCAAGAUCUUCUCAGUUACCCUUUGUGAAAAAAGAGUUAUUGUUUCGUUUGCAGUUACAAGUUUGGACAAGGGUACAGUACCUCGGUACAGUUCACAACACUCUAAAAACAUACUUAUUUGGUUUCAUUGCUGAAGCAAAUGUAUUACCUACCACCUCCAUGGUAUUGCCUUCCAAAUCGCUGUCAAGAACGAAAUUGGACGGAACGGAAAAAAUAUUCUUAAACUUUUGAGAAUCAACUUGUAAGUGACCUUUGUAACGGUAGUUCUUUAUCUGCGGUACGAUUAUUUGAUUUUUUUAAUACAAGGAUCUGGUCUGGCAAAUUCUUCAAGUUUGAUUAAAAUACCUUAUGUUAUAAUGGUUUUA